AAGGCAGAAGAAAAAGUGACGUACUUCCGUUUGCUCAGCCGCCAGUGGAUGAUGUCGGUGUUCUUUGAGGAUAAAAGGAUCAAACUUUAACUUCAACAUUCUGAAGCAAACGCUGCUCGAAACGACUUGUAAGCAACGAUAGUUUGGAGCGAAGCGACAUCUCAGGUUUUACUCACGUAAGCGGAAAAGCUAGUUUUUCAGCUGAGGUUUCUCUGUCAGAGGAUUCUACUAUGGCCAAGGUACAAGUCUUAAAUGUUGCUGUCUUGGACAACCCGAGUCCGUUUGGAAACCCGUUUCAAUUUGAGAUAACGUUUGAGUGCAUGGAGGAUUUACCGGAAGAUCUUGAGUGGAAGAUUAUCUACGUGGGGUCAGCUGAGAGUGAGGAAUACGACCAGGUUCUCGACUCGGUUUUAGUCGGCCCGGUACCAGCUGGUCGACACAUGUUUGUGUUUCAGGCUGAUGCUCCUAACACGGCUCUGAUUCCAGAAAGUGAUGCUGUAGGCGUGACUGUUGUCCUCAUAACCUGCACCUAUCGUGGACAGGAAUUUAUUCGCAUUGGGUAUUAUGUCAACAAUGAAUAUACAGAUCCAGAACUACGAGAGAAUCCACCCCUGAAACCAGAUUACUCCCAGCUCCAGAGAAACAUUUUGGCCUCAAACCCCCGUGUAACUCGCUUCCACAUUAACUGGGAGGGCAUGGCAGAUAAGAUGGAGGACUGUGAGAAUGUUGACCCAUCUAACACCAGUGGCAUGCUCCCGCCAUCCUGUAUACCGGGAAAGAUGCCCCCUCUGGCACAGAUGCCGGACAACUCCAUGGACUGCAUGUAAGGGUCUAAAGAUUCCUAUGAUGGACAAGAAGCUCUUCCCAACAAGUACUCAGCCACCUCGCAACCACACAUUUCAACCAAAGGCCAUGGAUGGUUCUUUUAGUGAAAUGUGGACAUUAAAGAGAAUUUUCAGUAUUGCAGCGUGGACAUUAUUUGUAUUUGGCUCUUCAGGUGAGAACGGAAUAAUUGCCAGCUUUGCUUCCUUGUGUGCUCGUUCAGAUCUGCCUUAAAUAAUCAAAAAGGUUCAUCUUGAGAAGUUUUAAGUUGCCAACAGGCUCGCCACAGCCAUGAGGCAUAUGAGCCGAAUGUCUAGUGAUUAUUUUAUUAUUUUUUUAUUAUGUUCUCAGUUUCAAAUUCUGUUACAGUGUUCAGUGUGAAUAGGUUUAGCAAAUGAUAAAAUAAUUCAGAAACCAAUCUUUGGAAAGUUUUCUAAGCAUUUGAAGUGAUUAAUUCAUGUAUUUUCCUAAUGUUAUUUGUUGUGGAUGAUUCAGAAUCGGGGAUCAGCUGGUAAAAGUUUCACAAUAAUUAUUAACACAAAAUCUGAGUUGGUGCAACUCUAGAAAUCUUUUGUUCAUUUGUUUGACUGGUAUUGCAGAGUAAAUCCACAAAGUGACGGGCUUUGUUUGGGACUUUUCUACAUCACGUACCGUAUUAAACCCAAAUCUUCGAUUGAUGCAUCUUUUCAAGGGAAACGAUCAGAACUUGGGUUCGGGGUGUGUUUGCUGUCAUUGAAGGGCUUUUUUACUGUAAAUGUAUUCCUAUGACCCGCUUUGUCUUCAAAAGCAGACGUUUCACUUUGUACUUCUCAUAUAUCCUCUGCCUUUUACUGUGCACAAGCAACAAGGUUAAUAAAGUUUGGUUUUGUUGA